AUGGCUUCCACCUCUGGCUCUUCUGUCCACAACGGCGCCGACGUCGAGAAGACGGCCGGCCUCAACGGCCACGGUCCGGUCCACUCGUCGCACCACAACGGCCAGGCGGCGACGCCGGCGUACCUCUCGCAGGAGGGCGGUGCGCCGCUCAACCUGCGCAACGUGACCCCGGGUGGCCACCCGCUCGACAGGAGCCAGCCUGCGUUCCCCGUCUACCACCGUCGGUUCGCCAACCCGGCACCGCUCGGCCUCUGCGGCUUUGCCCUCACCACCUUCAUGCUCUCGCUCAUCAACAUGAGCACCCGCGGCGUCACGGUCCCCAACGUCGUCGUCGGCCCUGCCCUCUUCUACGGUGGUCUCGCCCAGCUCCUCGCCGGAAUGUGGGAGUUUGCCAGCGGAAACACCUUUGCUGCCACCGCCUUCAGCUCGUACGGCGGCUUCUGGCUCUCGUACGCCUUCAUCGUCUCGCCGUGGGCCCAGAUCGGCUCGUCGUACGAGGACGAGGGCAUGUUCGCCAACGGUGUCGCCUUCUUCCUGUUCGGCUGGUUCAUCUUCACCUUCAUCAUGCUCAUCGCGUCGCUCCGGUCGUCGAUCGCCCUCUCGAGCGUCUUCUUCUUCCUCACGAUCACCUUCCUCCUUCUCGGCAUCGCCGAGCUCGGCAACGUCGGCAACUCGUCGGCGAUUCACACCGCCGGUGGCGCCUUCGGCAUCAUCACUGCGUUCAACGCGUGGUACGUCGCGGCGGCCAACCUGCUCACGCCCGAGACGUCCUACUUUGUCCUCCCCGUCGGCGACCAGUCGAAGAAGGACUGA